GCCGCCGAAACUUGUUUCGGUACCCGACAGCUCCCCGUCUCCUCUUAUAACCCACGGGCCGGAUCUAGCCUAGGGCUUCCAUUCGUCCGCCGGAUCCAAAGCCCCCCCUCGCCACCGCCUUCGCCGCCGCCGGGAGGUCGGAUGGAGGGCCACAGAUUUUGGCAGUACAUGGCGGCGGGUUCGGUGGCCGGCAUGGCGGAACACAUGGCGAUGUUUCCGGUGGACACCCUCAAGACCCGGAUGCAGACGGUCGCCGCCUCUGCCUCAUCCUCGUCCCAACACCAUCACCCCACCGUCGGCCGCUUGCUCGCAUCCAUCGUCCGCUCUGAGGGCCCCUCCGGCCUCUACCGCGGUAUUGCCGCCAUAGGCCUUGGCGCCGGUCCUGCCCACGCCGCCUACUUCGCAGUCUACGAGCUCUGCAAGGACCGUCUCGGCGGCAACCGCCAGGACGGCCGCCACCACCCCCUCAUCCACGCUGCCUCCGGCGUGGCCGCCACCAUCGCCAGCGACGCCUUGCUGACUCCCAUGGACGUCGUCAAGCAGCGGCUCCAGCUCCGCUGGAGCCCGUACAGCGGGGUGAGGGACUGCGUCGUGCGGAUGCUGCGGGACGAAGGGAUCAGGGCGUUUUACGCCUCGUAUCGGACGACCGUCCUCAUGAAUGCGCCGUUCACGGCCGUGCACUUCGCGACGUAUGAGGCCGUCAAGAAGAUUCUCACUGAGAUCGCACCAGAGAACGCGAGCGAGGAGAGGCUCUUGGUUCACUUGACGGCGGGUGGGGCGGCCGGAGCACUGGCAAGCGCUGUGACCACUCCAUUAGACGUCGUGAAGACAAGGCUGCAAUGCCAGGGGGUGUGCGGGGCAGAUACGUUCAACGGUAGUUCGAUAAGAAUGGUCAUGGAGAAAAUAGUCGCUAAAGAAGGACCUCGAGCUCUGCUACAAGGGCUGAAGCCUAGAGUGCUGUUUCACGCCCCAGCUGCCGCGAUUUGUUGGUCGACAUAUGAAGCCAUGAAAAGCUUCCUCCAGAGGAAUACUCAUCAAAUUUCUUCUUCACCAUGAUUUUCUAAAGAGUCGAGCUCUUUAGUUUUCUCCUCAUCUGAACAGAUGUAGGAGUAGCUAAUUUAGGUGGCAGAUCAAACACUUGUUUUGUUUUUUCACAAAGGUGAAUCUACCAAAUUUUAUCCUUUUUAUUCUUCACCGAAAACAGUGAGAAAUAUAGUUGGAUGUAUUUGUCCAGAUAAUUAGAUGAUAGUGGUUUCAGAAUUGUAUGGAUUCCAUCUCUGUAAACUGGAUGGGUUGCUUAGCAGGUAAUAAAUAUUCAUUCUCUCUC